UAAAAAAGCGCAGCUAUCCCACAAAGAGGCUUCUUUUAUCCAGGUAGAUGUCGUCGCUUGGGAUGCUGGCAAUAACUGAGGCGUGCAUUGGUCGACUCAAGAUGAAGAAACAAAGGGAAAGAUGAAUUAAUUUGGCGCUCGAGGAGUAUGGAGGAUGGAAAACUGCUUUUUCUUCCGGAGGUGUGUAGUGAACACUAUGCUCUUGGUUUCAGCCUGGCAACCCUGCCCACAUGCCGACAAGCGGACCUCAUUUCCUGAGCCUCCUGCAAAACGAAAUGUGCACUCAUUCCGUUGCAAAAGAGGAGGGCGAAUCCGCCUGGCAUUUGCUUCGGUCAAGAAUGUAGGGGCAGCUGUGAGGGAAAGGACACACACCCCCAGCACCCUUGGUCGUCCUUUGAUAUGCAAGAAACCAAUUUGCACACCACACACAUGCCGGUCCUGCCCACAUUCUGCCUCUUGUUCUAAGCCUAGCUGCAUGCUCUGCAUUUUGGCGUAGAGGCGAGAAGCAUUGCUCUUUCUCAGUAAUCCAACUCGGAGAAACCCA